GUCCACUCUGGCAGAGCAAAGUGGAAGGAAAGGAACAGCAACAAAAUAUUAUUCUUCUUAUAAUUAUUUCUCUUCAGUCUUUCGUUAUUUCUUUAGAUUUCUUUUUGGGUUUUCAAUGGUAUUUAGUUACGGAGAAAACCUCGCUUCGAAUCCAAGUCUUCUCCUCAAAUGCGUAAUGCGCGUGCAGCUUCUCUUUUGGCCAAGCAGCGAUCUUUACAGCCUCGUCUACCCUUUACUCAAUCUUCCCCAUUUCUUCUCUAAGCUUUGCUUUCAUGGGUAGUUGCCAAGAUCUUGCGGGUUGAUACUCUGUAGCUCAAGUGUUUGAUAAAACCUCCCAACCAGAAAAAUAUUAGCAACAACAACCAAUUCUCAGUACAUUGCUUACCGUAUCCAAAGACUCGAGCUUUCUGCGUCGCACUCGGUUUCAGACUUUCAGUUCCUUUUUUGGUUUAAAACCCUUCUCUUCAAGCUACUUGCUUCCCUUUUUUCCGUUCUUCCUUCUUUUUCUGCUUGGUUCUUUCCUUCUCUUUCCCUCUUGCUUCUUCUGGGUCUUUUUCUUUCUUGGGGUUUCAUGAGUUCAUCUGGGGCUCCUUCUUCUUGUUCUGCUGUGUCCUGCUGAGGAUUAGAGAGAGCGAGCGAGAGAGGGGGAGGGAGAUAGUGCUGGAGAUUUCUUGCAGAGGAAAUGGAAUCAUUAACUCCAUUCCAACUUCUUUCUGUUGUUGCCGCUAUAACGCUCUUUGUGGCCUGCCCGUCUCAGUCCUUUCCUCAGGAUGAAGUUUCAGCCCUGUAUGCAUUCAAGGAAGCAAUUUAUGAAGACCCUCUUCUGAUUCUAUCCAAUUGGAAUGCUCUAGAUACCAUUCCUUGUGGUUGGGCUGGCGUUUAUUGCUCAUCUACCGGAGACCAUGUUUUCAAGAUAAACGUAUCUGCAGCAUCUCUCCGAGGGUUCAUUGCACCGGACUUGAGCAGGAUCACAAACUUGCAAGAACUAAUCUUACAUGGCAACAAUCUGAUUGGAACCAUACCGAAAGAACUGGGCAAUCUGAAGCAGCUUAAGAGGUUGGAUUUAGGAGCCAAUCAAUUGACGGGUCAGAUUCCUCCAGAGCUGGCAACUAUAUCCGGCAUCAUGAAAAUAAACCUUCAGUCUAAUGGGCUAACUGGGACUCUACCUACCGGGUUUGGCAAUUUAAGAUAUCUUCAGGAACUCAUCCUGGAUAGGAACAAACUCCAGGGUACUGUUCCAGCCAGUACUGAUUUGGCUUCCAAUAUGCAUGGAAUGUAUACUUCAGCUGAAAACUCAACUGGUCUAUGUCAAGCAUCUAACCUCAAAGUAGUUGAUUUCUCUUACAACUACUUCACUGGAACUGUACCUAAAUGCCUGAGAUAUCUUCCGAGCACAAGUUUUCAAGGAAAUUGCCUUCAGAACAAAGAGUCAAGACAGCGUAGUGCUGCACAAUGUAGCUCUUACUCUGGUCCUAAACCUGUCAGACACCAUCCACCAUUUCACCCUAAGCACCCAGCUGCUGAAGCUGUUUCCUCCAAGGAACACCAGGGGAAAUCAAAGCCAGCAUGGUUAUUAGUGUUGGAAAUAGUGACAGGAACCAUGGUGGGCGCUAUCUUUGUUGUUUUCCUUUUCACUGCCUUACAGAGAUGGAACGCCAGAUCUGCUAUUAUAAUGCCUUGGAAGAAAUCAAGUAGUCAGAAGGAAAAUGUGACUGUAUACAUAGACUCUGAAAUGCUGAAAGAUGUGGUGAAGUUCAACAGACAAGAACUCGAAGUAGCCUGUGAAGACUUUAGCAACAUCAUUGGCUCUUCACCAGAUAGUUUGGUUUAUAAGGGAAACAUGAAAGGAGGUCCCGAGAUUGCCGUCAUAUCUCUCUGUAUCAAAGAGGAAAACUGGUCUGGCUACCUUGAACUCUAUUUUCAGAGAGAGGUUGCAGAUUUGGCAAGAUUAAAUCAUGAGAAUACUGGAAAGUUGCUGGGUUAUUGUAAAGAGAGCAGUCCAUUUACCAGGAUGUUAGUGUUUGAAUACGCAUCAAAUGGAACCUUGAAUGAGCACCUUCACUAUGGAGAGGAAUGCCAAUUUUCUUGGACACGGCGCAUGAGAAUUGUGAUGGGUAUCGCUUGUGGGCUCAAGUACCUUCACACAGAACUUGACCCACCUUUCACGAUAUCAGAGUUGACUUCUAGUGCUGUUUACCUCACAGACGACUUCUCUCCCAAGCUGGUGGAUUUUGAGAGUUGGAAGAGCAUUCUUUCUAGAUCAGAAAAGAAUUCAGGUUCUGUUGGUGGCCAAGGUGCUAUCUGUGUACUUCCGAAUUCUAUGGAGGCGCGCCACCUGGACAUUCAAGGCAAUGUCUAUGCUUUCGGGGUACUACUGCUAGAAAUUAUCAGUGGCAGGCCUCCAUACUGCAAAGACAAAGGGUCCCUUUUAGACUGGGCUAAGGACUUACUUGAAGUACCGGAGGCAAUGUCUGAUCUUGUGGAUCCUGAGGUAAAGAAUUUCAAGCAAGAGGACCUGAAAGCCAUAUGUGAAGCGGUAAAACUAUGCAUCCAUCCAGACGGAACGAAGAGGCCUUCAAUGCGGGAGUUAUGCACGCUGCUGGAAAGCAGAAUUGACACAUCUGUAUCGUUUGACUUCAAGGCAACUUCAUUGGCAUGGGCCGAGCUUGCAUUGUCAUCAUGAAUAGAGUUUGAGGAAAAGAGUUUGAUUGAGCUAACACACUGUAAAGCAAAUAGAGACAUCACUAAUACUCAUUUCUUUCUUUGGUUUGGUGUCACCUUGAUUCUUUGUCAGGCUUUCUUUUUGGUUAUUUACUCCCCUUGUAAAUGUCUGCAUGGCUAAAAGAGAAACUUGAGAGUGCUUCUUGCAUGACACAAAAUGAAGUUGUGCCUGCCAUCCCCCUUCUCAUUUGUAAAACCAUUACCACCCCCAAUUGGGACUAUGUAAUGGAUGACUGAUGUUGAAUCACAGUAGAUGUAGAGUUCACUGAACUCUUGUUGAUGAUAUUUGAAUGAGCAAGAGUUGUUUCUACCAAGUCUUUUUCCAUCCCUUUCUCUCUCUGUGAUUCUCUUUUGCAGCAGUAGCUCCAAUGUAGAAACCAGCCUACUUGAUAUUUGAUUAGUCUAGGAAUUGAUGAGUGAGGAUUAGAGUUUUCCUCCAAAAUCACUUUGCAUAAAGAGAAAGCAAGGAUCAUUCUUAUUCCCACUGAAGGCUUGAACCAUGAUGGCAACUUUCCCAGUUUCCAUAUUCAAAAGGAAUGGUAAAUUUUGACUUUGAAAAUAAGAAAUGGACAAAAUGAUUCCCAAGGACUAAUGUUGGAGAAUAAACAGAAUCAUUAAAGCUGUUGGUAUACUGUUGUCUGUUGCUGUUGCAUUCAAGUAGCAGAAUGGGACAAUGGGUCCAUUUCCACGGCAGCCCUUCUCUAUCCAAACCACUUUCUAUCUUCAUCCCCAUGCUGAAACCAGAUGGCCGUUCAAUAUUUUCAAGAUUAUGAAUCCUAAUCUGAGUUAGGACGAUGUUCUUGUAGAUUAAACAUUGUAGUGUACCUAUUAAUACAAAAAUUAGGUUUCAAGCCAUGAAUUAUAUGGACAUGACAAGUGUCCAAAGUCCCAAAAAAAACCCUGCAUAUUUCUCUUCAUUUUACAAAUGUCAUCAAUUUUGCCAUUUCCUCAUUUCAGGCGCGACAUUACGCGUGCAUUCCCCUAGUUAAAAAUAAAAGCUUGAAAAACAC